GUCUAAUGCUAGUCUUCAUUACACUUUGCUUACACACGGAGCUAUCUGCGAGGAACUAUUGCUGAAAUGUUAACAAAAUUUGUUGCUAUUGUUAUCCUAAUCAUUGCCAAGGAUGUUUGGGGCAAACAAUGUCGACUGAACGCUAAGAACAUGGAUAGGAAAUGGAUUUAUGCCGUCAAAAACCCUGCAAAUAAAUACGAACUUCUGCAUACGGAGAUGUUGAAGGAUCAACAGAAAAUAUUUUUGAUAUGCAAAAGCAUUAAAAUGAUCCAACUGCAGUGUAAGAAGGGCAAGGUGUCGAGCAUUCCUCCAAGCAUUACCUGCUCCAGGCGCAUGCGGGCUACCAUAACCGCCAUUGCCAAUGAGGCAGCAUGUCUCCAGAAGGGCGGAGCAAUGUACGAUGUUCGUUAUACUCUGCCAACUGGCAAAAGGGUGCUAUCCCUUUACCAAGUGUGUUACAAUAAGAACACAGAAGAAGCCAUCUACUCGCGACACAGGGCCUAUGGAUUUAGGCUGUCUGCCUCCACAUAUAAGCGUCCCCAAUUUGCUACGGGUGGUGUUGUGUCUGUAGCUCGAGCAGAUUCCUUUGAAUUUGGCAACGUCUACAACAGCUUCGUUCGUCUGCUCGGUAGUGGGCAGGACUACAUUAAGUCGGCCAAUUUAAGCGAUCGCGUCAUGGAACGUGGUCAUUUGGCCAAUUCUCAGGAUUUUCUUACCUACGAUCAAAUGGAUGAGACAUUCAAGUAUGUGAACGUCAUGCCCCAAUUUGGCUCCAUCAAUCGUAGGAAUUGGAAGCGCAUAGAGAAUUGGAUACAUAAUUUGCCCAAAAAUAAUCAAUAUGCCGAGGUAGUGACUGGAGGUUUUGAAGUUCUGGAGUUGCCUCAUUCGAAAACUAGAAAAUCUACUCCUAUGUAUUUGAUGGUUAAUAACAAAAAUCCCAUACCAAAAUGGACCUAUAAAGUGGUCAAAUACAAUGGCGUCUGCCAUGCCUUCGUUACCUACAAUAAUCCCUACACCAAUACGGUAGCCAGCAAUAGCCCAUGCCUGGCAGUACCAUGUCCUACUGGCUUGACUUUCAAUCCCGAUCUAGGAAGUGGGCCCAGCAAUUGUUGUAAUCUUCGUUAUUUAGUUCAAAAAGUGGGACAACAAGCUGCCUUGUGCUAAAAAAAAUGUCCAUUGUUUGGGACUAUUAGAAUGUUCAGACUGUGGAGUCAAAAAAAAAAGAAACUACAGAAAUAUCAAUGUAAACUGAUGACGUCAUACACAGUAUGUAAAUAAAUGUUCCAUGUAUUGAAGUUUAUUUGUAAGCGAUUUGAAUAAAACCUAACGCUUGUGGUUAA